UUGAGACCUACAUACCCAACAUACGCACAAACACAACACGCACAAUUUGAGUGAGGCCAUACCUAAUACCUUCUCCUACAAUAAGGAGGGCUAAAUCGUUCUCCUAAAACAGAAGGGACUAAUAGGUCGCUGGAUGCUUCAACGCCAUCAUUACCCAUUCAUUUCAUAACGUCUUCCGAAUCGUAAGUCCCUUUUCUCAAACUCCGAAAUUCCCAGAAAUCUGUGUUGUUCAUAGUGUCAAUGUGUCAUUUACUCAUCUCCUCUCUCUCUCUUCCUCUCAUUCAUAUAAUUCGGAUCACCACAUGACAUAUUCCCUCUCUCUCUUGCCCUUCCCAAUUUACCACCUCUCUCUCUCUCUCUCUCUCUCUCUCUCAUCCACUUGACACAGAUAUUCAUUCAACACCAACCCACUAAAGAAAAAGCUUUUAGAUUACGAACCCAAUCCUGCCUUUUUGCCUCUCUUUUUGGUGGGGUCUUCUUUCUUUCUCGAGUCUUCUCGGCUUUGGGUUCAUUUUUGUUGCAAUUUCUUGGAAACAGACAGCCAUUACCUUUCCCCUGCACUUCCAAGUCUUUUCACAAUAUCUGUUUCCAAGAAACAGCUUGAUAAUGCUUUAACUUUUUCCAGAAAUUUUUUAACUGAAAAAAAAAAAAAACUUUUUCCAGAAAUUGUGGGUUUCAAUCGUUUAUUGUACUUUUGGUAGUGGGUGUUCAGAUUUGUUAGUUUUCUGGGGUCAAUUACUGUUUGAUGAUUUGAUGUCUUUGGCCGUUGAAGCUGUUUCUAGUUCCAAGAAUAUGGAAAUUGAUAAAAAGAAAGAGAAGAGUGAAGUUCAAGAAUCUGGUGAUGAGAGUGAGAUUGAAGAUGAUGUGAAGACAACGGUGAGUGAGGCUUCUAUGUAUGCUACUGAAGAUGAAGAAGAUGAGGAAGGUAAUAAAAUUCAGCUGGGUCCUCAGCACACCCUUAAAGAACAGCUUGAGAAGGAUAAGGAUGAUGAAAGCCUCAGGAGGUGGAAGGAACAGCUUCUUGGGAGUGUGGAUAUUAAUAAUGUUGGAGAAACACUGGAACCAGAUGUGAAGAUCCUCAGUGUUUCAAUCCUCUCUCCCGAUAGACCUGAUAUUGUUCUUUCCAUUCCUGAAGAUGGAAAGCCCAAAGGUGUAUGGUUUACUUUGAAAGAAGGUAGUCGUUACAGCUUGAGGUUCUCUUUUCAAGUCAGCAAUAACAUUGUGUCCGGCCUUAAGUACACAAACACUGUUUGGAAAACUGGUGUCAAGGUGGACAGCACAAAAGAGAUGCUUGGAACCUUUAGUCCUCAGCAAGAGGUUUUCACACAUGAGAUGCCCGAAGAGACCACCCCUUCUGGCUUUUUUGCCAGAGGUUCAUAUUCUGCAAAAUCAAAGUUUGUAGACGAUGAUGACAAAUGCUACUUGGAGAUCAACUACACGUUUGACAUUAAGAAGGAUUGGGUCAAACCUUAAAUAGAGAACUCCUGCACCAGAGACGGCGCGUCUCCCUCAGUCGUUUGUGUUCUUGUACUAGCAUCAACUUAAGAUGAUCCCCCUUUCAUAGAUUAUGAUUUUCCCCCCAAGAUAUACUUAACAAAUUCCACCAUCAUGAGACCAAAUUUCAUAACAACAAAAAGAUUUGCCAUUUGGGGUAUCACUCAAUAAGAAAGAGAGCUUGACUUCCCUUUUAAAUUUGUUCUUUUUCAUGUACCAAGUCCCCCAUCUGCUAUGAGCUUCAUAUAUAUAACAUCUCUCUCUUGUCUAAGUUGUUUUUGAAUUCUUUUUGGCUAAACCAUUUGGUGGAGGCUGUUAACCAUUAGGACUGUCGUGUUAGAUUAGUUGAGCAGGCAAUGGAUCUCUCUUUUUUUUCUUUUUCUUUUUUUUUAAUAACUGUAUUUUUUUCUUCUUUAAAAUUUUUAUUUUUGGCUACUGCUGCUCCUAAAGUUUGUUGAAAUAUAUUAUUACUUUCUCUUGUUU